AUGGUGGUUGUUCGUCUCGCACUACGCCUUCGUUUCAAAAAGGUGCCUGGUGUCCAGGGCGAGCGUGUCUUUCGAGACACCAUGACAUUUACAGAUCCACACGAUCACGGCUACGAUAGUAUUAGUACUAUUGUAGAGAAGAAACUUCGAUUUAUGGAUGCCCCUCCUUGUGAUUUUACCGUAUUUCAUACUGACGUAAAAACAGGAGAUACUUUGGUAGUUGAUGAUGCUUAUUUAUGUGAACUAUUGGUUAGUUUAAUGGAAGAUGCUACUAAUAGUGUUAAUACUAGUAUGAAUGGUCAUAUUCUUGGAAUGACAUCUUCUGAUAUGCAUACCACAGGAAUAAUGAAAAAUGAUGAAGAUGAUAAUGAUAAUGAUGAUGAUGAGCCAAUUGUGGAAAAGGGAGUUUCAUUUGACAUUGAAGUUGGACGUGAAAAACCAAUAGAUUUAAAUAAUAAUAAUCAAAGUAAAGGAAAUAUGAUUAUCCCUUUAACUUCAGAUGCUUUACAAGCUCAUACCACUGAUAGUGUUUAUGUACCUAUUAGUGAUAUUACUUGUCCGCCUAAAUAUCCUAAUUUUUUUAUUCGUGGAGUUGUAAUUGCAAUACGUUUUAAAACUCCAAAACCUAAUUUGUCGGUAUGUGAGAUAGACUUUUGUGAUUUAGAAAAUAAACAACAACAAAUUACCUCAAUGACUUUUGAUGAAGCUGUUCAAAAAGCUAUUCGAGAAAAUCUUCGAAGCGAUCGAAAACAAGUAGUAGAAUUACGAAAUGUUUAUGUUCGCGUUAAAAAUGAUAUAGAUAGACGUUUUCAGACAAAUUUACAUCCUUUUCUUAUUAGAAUGGAUCGUGGAUCUAGAAUGGAAGUAGUUCAGGUACUUCCAGUACCCAUUGCAUUAAGAUGUGAACAACAGGUUAUUACAGUACGAGAAGGUCUUAAACCUGCUGGAAUUGUAAAUCUUGGUGAUCUUGCAGCUUUGCGUGAUUCACAAGAUGUGAAUAUGAGUCCUACUAUUCCAAAGGUACAUUCCACUCCAGGUUCUUCUUCUUCUUCCUCUAUUCAUAGUGGGGCUAAGCGAACUAUGUUUUCCUUUGGUAGUGGAACUUCUUUAGGUAGUGGUGGUGGUGUUCCUAUCUCAGGUGUAGUUCCUUCACAAUUAGGGGAACAGAUUAGACGACAACAAUCGCAAUUUCUCUCUAAGAGGAAUCGAGAAGAACCUAUUCAUUGGGAACCUGAUACUCCUCAUAUUACACAAAAAGAUGUACGAAUGCGUGAUGCUAUUGUUGAACAACAAAAAGUUCAUGAAGAAGAUAAAAAAGAACGAAUUCGUCGUCGAAAAGAAGUAAGUCAAGUUUGUAUUAUUUGUGGUAUAAAUUGUGAAGAUGAGAGUACCUUAUGUGUAGUAAAAGAUUUACUAAAGAAUAAUAAUCGUAAUAUGGGACGAUAUAUUCCGUCAAUGAAUGAACUUCGUUAUGCGUUAAGUGAUAGAAGACUUACUAAAAAUGGUAAAAAAAGAAAUCGUUUAAUUUGUUCUACAAAUUUUGUAGAUCUUCGAACUCGUUCUGUUCAUGUUGUACAUUGUCGUUGUGUUCACCUUUGUUCGGGAUAUCAAAAAGGAUCUGAACUUGAAGAUGUUGUAUUUUGUGAUUUACCUAUGCAAAUGUGUAAUUUAUGUGGUAUGCCUGGUGCUAGUGUGUCUUGUUAUCAUCCAGAUUGUAAUGAAAUGUAUCAUACUAUUUGUGCAUUGUUUUCAGAUGGUUAUGUUAACUUUGGUAAAAAAGAUCCAUAUUUACCUUGUCCAGCGUGUCCAAGGCAUACACAGGUGAUUGUGGAAACACCUAAUGGAAUUCCAGUUGUUUGUGGAAAACAAAAUACAUCAGCAUGGUGGGAAGAAGACGAAGUGGUGUUUGACUCUCGGGUCGUAGAGGAUACUGACCUACGCGAUCCAGAUGAGAAUGAUGGAGCCUAG